GAAGUGGGAAGGCGGGUCCGGGGAGGGAUGUUUUGGAAGGCAGCUGUUGUGUCUUCCUGGCGGGUGCGAAUGAGGAAGACGCGCGUCUGCUCCUCCCGCGUGCAGCAGCUCGGCCCUCCCGGCGCCUGACAAGUGCGGGCAGCGAGGAGCAGAGGGAGCCCGGGCGCCGCCUGGUCCGCCGCCGCCACCGCCGCUUGCUCCGAUCUCCUGGGUCUCCUCUUCGCUGCCAGCGCCUCUCCUCCCUUCGGCCGCCCCAUGUCGAGCCUGCAGCGCCCCGUGGCCUCUUCGGCCCAGGCCCAGCCAGUCUCCCUAACAGCGGAGCAAGCCAAAGUGGUUCUGGCUGAAGUGAUCAAGGCAUUUGGUUCGCCGGAAAAUGCCCAGCGCAUGGAGGAGGCGAGGGACAACGCCUGCAAUGACAUGGGGAAGAUGCUCCAGUUCCUGCUGCCUGUGGCUACCCAAAUCCAGCAGGAUGUGAUCAAAGCCUAUGGGUUCAGCAAUGAUGGGGAAGGAGUCUUAAAGUUUGCCCGAUUGAUAAAAUCUUACGAGUCUCAGGAUCCCGAGAUUGCAAGCAUGUCUGGGAAGCUAAAAUCCAUGUUCCUGCCUCCAAUGACACUGCCUCCACAUGGGACUGGGGCUGGGGGGGUUGCAGCGUCUUGAAGCUGGCAACUUCUGCUGCCUUUGCCUGUCUAAAUUAUGCUGCUGCCCUUGCGGCACUGUUAACUUGAUUCUUGGAUAACGUCUUCUUUCCGUUGCCAUGAGAGAUGUUUUCGACUUCUGUGAGCAGCCCUUGUUUUGCAUCAUAUAUUAUAUAAUUUUUGUUCUCGUGAAUAAAUUUUGCUUGUUUGUAAA